AUGGUUGUUUCCGAAUGGGGCUUCAUCCAAAACGGCAAGUACUGGAACCAAACGACGUAUGCGAGAUGUCUGGUGGAAAUGGUCAAGGAGUACCAGGUUAGCUGGCAGCACUGGGAGCUUUCUGGUAGCUUUUAUCUUCAGACCCGGCCGAAUCGGAAACCGGAGACCAUUCAGGGACUGGAUGAGGCGUGGGGUUUGUUGAAUCACGAUUGGACUGCGGUUAGGUCACCGAUUACAGUUGAGAAUAGUUUGGAGAAGAUGAUUCAGGCGUUGCCUUAG